AUGGCCGGUGAGCGCGAGGGGGCGGCCGCGGGUGCCGCGGCCAACGCGCUUUCCCCCCGCACGCUGCCAGACGAGGACAGCCUGUCCGGGGACGGCGGCGAGCCGAGGCCCGCGACGGCGCCCGUGAAGAGGAAGAAGCGGCGCCACAGGACCGUGUUCACGGCGCACCAGCUGGAGGAGCUGGAGAAGGCGUUCAACGAGGCGCACUACCCCGACGUGUACGCGCGCGAGAUGCUCGCCGUCAAGACGGAGCUGCCCGAGGACAGGAUACAGGUUUGGUUUCAGAACCGAAGAGCCAAGUGGCGUAAGAGGGAGAAGUGCUGGGGCCGGAGCAGCGUGAUGGCCGAGUACGGCCUCUACGGCGCCAUGGUGAGGCACUCCAUCCCCUUGCCCGAGUCCAUCAUCAAUUCGGCCAAGAGCGGCCUGGUGGGAUCCUGCGCCCCAUGGCUGCUGGGCAUGCACAAGAAGUCCAUGGAGGUGAGCCGCAAGGCGGAGAGCCAAGAGAAGGCGACAGAGGGCAGCUGGCAGGAGCUGCGUCCCGGGGAGGAGCGCCAAGGAAAGGCAGCCGCUUCCCCGAGGAGCCGCGAGCCGCCCGGCAGCCCAGUGAGCGCUCCGGAGGAYGCGGCCAUCGACCUCUCCAGGACGGCCAAGCAGGAGAAGGGGAGCGUAGUGCUGAGGCCAGGCCUCAACGGAGACACUCCCGCAAAGCCAGAGGAGGGGGACCACUGAGCUUGGACUGCCCCCGCGGAGCCAAGGCCUCACAGCUCCUGGGGAAGAUGAGAAUAUUUAUUGAUUUUAUAUAUAACAUAUAUAUAUUUUUUUCAUCAAAUGAUUGAACUUUUAUCAGGAUUCAGGGCAUUCUCAAACUGACUCCCAUCCCCUGCUCCAUCCCUUCACUUUUCAGCAGAGCCAAGAUGAAGCCAGGGUGGAGGGUGGGUGGGAGAGGAGGCUGAACKUGGCCUGAAAAGCAGUGCGAAAACAAGACCAUGGACAGUCUCCUACAAAGAGCUUCCCUUUCCCUUCCU